AUGACUGCUGCAGGCACGAGGGCGCAGAAGUCGGUGGGCUCUGCAGCAUGGAUCUCGACGGAGAAGGAGAAUGUGAUGCAGCUGGUGAAUCAGGAGAUGGAAGAGGUGGAAUAUCCAGUGCGCCAUGAAAUGGAUUGGCUGAAUGAACAUAUGGCUGAGAUCUUCUCCAACAAUCAAUUCAAUUUCGCAGAAGCAUUUAAGACCCCUGGGAAAUUAAGAGGCAAAACACCACGAACAGCGCGGAAACGAGAUGCAAACGAGAACCGACUGGCACGUAUCCUAUUUCCUCUCAAGUUGCCUCCUUUGAGCGAAGUCUUCUCAUCGUCGCAUAACCGAUUUGAGAAUAAGUUUAAUGCCAGCCCAGCAUUUCACCGCUCGCCUACCAAAUCCACCGCGCCUCCUUCCACGGGCCCCAGCCCGACGAAAGCCAAAAACGCUACGGAUGGUACCUCGAAUCCUGAGUAUCCUGACCUAAGCAAAACCCUUAACUCAUUCCCUAAAUACAACACGGAUUCAGGCUACCAUGGUAUGCCGGACGAGGAUGGUGAAGAUGACAUGAUCUUGACUCAGGUACAACCUGAGUCUCAGCCAUCGACCCAGCCGUUCGAGAGGGAGCCCAGCCCAGCAGAAGUACAGGAGCCAGAAGUACAGGAACAUCAUUCUUCUCCUGAGCGUCGCACAACAGGGGCCUCUUUCCACUCCGCCCAGGAGGAUGUACGCCAGCGUAGUAAGACAGCUGAGCCUAUUUAUGUUGAUCCAACACCAAAGAAAAGCAUAAAAGCGCACUCUCCUGAGACUCAACCGACGAGAAAAGGACCAGAACCAAUCUCAAAUCCUAGCCCAGUGCAUAUUAUUACGUCUAGCCAUCGAGCAGAGCAGGAACCAGCUCCAGAACCAGAACAGGAAAAGCGGCAGGAGGAAGAACAGGAGCCGAAAUUCAUACAGAACUCAGAGCCGGAAUCAAAUCUAGAGGAUAAGAUAGCCGACAUAAAGUCGUCGCCAGUAAAAAUUCCUUCGGUCCAGCCUGAAGAGCCUGAAGAAAAACACGAUGGCAAGAAUGAAAUGGCUCUCGAUAAGCUCGAUGAAAUUGGCUCCCCUUCGGACGGCUCGACCCCAGAGCGGCCCCCCAUCCGCAAGAGCAGCCUUUCUUUUGCGUCGCUUCCUGCACGUGAACCACUUACGAAGAAAAGUUUGGGCGGAUCGAGAAUUUCCCGGACAAGUCACAUUGAUACUUCUAAACUAAACAGUAUUGGAGGCUCUAGCUAUCUUGGUAGGCAGACAGGUGGACACAGAACGACCCAAGCAGCCGUUGAUGAGAAUCCGUCACAAAACGAAACGGCGGACGUCGGCGAAAACAUGGCAACAGCGCAUGAAGACUCAAGCAUAGACACCCAGGCCACCAAAUUACACAGUAAGUCGUCAACUCAGAGGCUACAUGAAAAGAUCAGCAUGCUUGGCAAACUCCAGCCGUCACGGCCCACGAAGUCUAUCCCUUCCGCCCCGGGUUUAUCUUCUGUACAGGUGUCCUACCCCGAACUUCCUACAAGUAAGCCAGACGCAAGACCCGAGGAAUCCAGCCAGAAGCCUCGUGAAAUUACCGCAUCGGAAUCUAUGGAUGUCGAUGAUGACUGGAUCAAGCCUUUGAACUCGCCCUAUCGGACAAUCGCGCAUAAGUCCCUGACAAAGGAUCCCAGAGAGAAGACCUCAAGCUUUGAAUCUAGAGGAAACACCGAUAAGAACACUGUUCUCCAUGCCCAUAUGGAAAACGCAAAUGAUGGGGAGAAACUUAGGACCAGCGCGAAACAGAUUUCGGAAGAAACUCGCGGGAAAUCAUCUACGCCAACCUACUCAUCCCCGCAACGCCUGAGCCAUCGUAAAGGCGAAUCCGUCUCAUAUAACGAUGCUCACAUGUCCACCACGCCAGUUGGUUCGCCCAGUUACCAGGAGGAUGGCCCUCUGAGUGCGUCUAAGUCAAGGCUACAAUCUAUUGUUAGGUCCGCCAAAGGUCUCUUUACGAAUGCCGCAGGCGUUUCAGCAGCCGCCAAGAUGGAAGCUUCCUCACCUAGCGAGCGAAGUAUUCAGCCCCGUGGGCAUGUUCAAACGGACACAACCAGUGACAAGCAGCCACAGCAGACUCAGUCUUCGAGUCCCAGGCCGGAGGGCCGUAAGACCCGGAGUUCCACGGAGCGGGAAGAGCGACGUAGACAGAAGGAACUCGAGGACCACCGACGUGAAGAAGAACAAGCAGAGCAGGCUAGACAGCAGGAGAAACAGCGGGCGGCUCAGCUGAAGGACGCCAAGGAGAAAUCUUGGGCUGAGCACGAGGAGCGUUCAGCUCCAACGUCGAUGUCCAUCGGUCCUUCGAAGAUGCCACAGGUGCAAAAGCAGUCAUCAAAGGAGCCAGAGAUAGGCCACGAGGCAACUUCCAAACUCACCUCCCAGGCCUCGUCGCAACAACAAUCUUUAAAACAAAACGAUCGUCGCCCACUCAAACCUAACCGCGACACUUUGCAGAAGCCCAAGCCUCAGCCUGUGUCUAUCCGUGUCGGAAGUGCGCUCUCUCGGCAGAUUCCAUUAGCAUCCUCUUCAGUCGCCUCCAGCGCUGCGGAACCUAACGCUCCUGCCCCCGCGCCAGCUUCGACAUCAAAGCAACCCUCGCUAAAGAAAAAGGCAAGCAACACAUCAUUGCACACGGCAUCAUCGAAUAGCAGUUUCAAGAGCUCUGUUUCCAGCCAAUCGCAAAGGAAAGCACAGCUUGCGAGUGAACGAAAGAGGGAGCAAGAAGAACGCGAAGCACGACGUAAAGAAGAGCAGAGGCGUGAAUUGGAACGCAGACGCGCUGCCCAGCAACAGGAAGAGGCGCGUCGGCAAGAGAUGCGAAGCCGGGCAGAAGCUGAGCGACGGGAACGUCUUGCUUCAGAGGAUCCCAAGAAGGCAGCCCAAAUGCAGGCAAUUGAAAAACGGAGAUUGGAGAAUGCCCGCCGGCUGGAAAGGCAAGGAAGCCAACAGCCUGCGAAUGAGGUACCGACCACAGCACCACCCUCCGCCCGGCCUGCGUCACGACUUGGAUCUAUUCAACCAUUUGGUCGCUCGAUAAACCAGCCUCAGCCCAACCCGGCCAAGCCACCUAAGAGAGGGCUGGAUGAAGAAGCAAGCCAUCGGCCUCCAGCGUCAAAAACUAACACUAUUCAGCCGUCUGGGGAGACCAAAAGACGAAGGACUGAAGACGAGCACAACUCUGUUAUGCGGCCCACAAUGGCUCCCCCGAUUCGCCAAUCCAACAUCCGAAAAGAGUCAAGUAUUCGAAAAGAGCCCACAAAGCCUUCUAUUUUCAGCCACGUUCGACCUUCUACAUCACACCAGUCCGGGUCGUCGAUUUUUAAGACUGCCCAGCCUCAGCGACCCGCACAUCCAAUGGACAUGGCAAAAUACACAACCGCGAAGAUUCCCUUCGCGGAGUCCUCCAAUCCGUCGUCUCAGCCGGGCCCUCAUAAGACCCCGGGACCUAGUCAGAAGGCACCACCGAAGCCAUCUCCCCAGUACCCCAACGGCGAGAACAUACAUCUCCCAGAAAUUGCUACGGAUAGCGAGGAUGAGGAUUCGGACGCGGAGAUGCUUCCCGUGCCGAAGUGGGCCCAGCAAAAGGAGCUCGAGGAUAUCCUGAGACGGCAGGAGGGGAUGGAAGCGGAUUCCAUUUUCGGACCAAUCGCGCCUUUCUCACUUGAAGAGACCUUCAAGUCGGACAAGAAGAUCAAGAAAUUCCGCGAGCGGACUAGCAGCGCGAACUGGGCUGGGACGGAUGCAUUGACACAGGAAGAGAUCCGAAGAGAUCUCGCGGAACGACAGCGUUUGCGAUUGAAUGGAGGAUGGACAUUCGGAACUUAG